AUGUGCAAUCUUUGCACGUCCGGUUACCGAAGGAGGAUCCUUGAAGAAGAACAUUUGCACCCCAGCUCAGAUUUAAAGUUGGCCAGUGGUAAUUUUACGGUUCAUACCCCAGGGUCUACUGCAAGAUUCGCAGAACACUGGGCGAAAUUGUAUUUUAUUAGAAAGUACAUGCCCAUUAAUAACCCGGAAGAUGUGUUAAAUGUUGUCUACAAAGUUCACUGCAGAGACUACGACAAGGCGUCAGAACUCAUUGAUCGACUGCCUGAACAACCGUAUAACGCCACGUUUCGCAAACCCUGGUGCAUACAGUUCUGGUACUAUGACGAACAUCUGGAAAACAGGGAACAGAGCGAAGAUUGUCUUUACCUCAAUAUUUUCGUGCCGUCUCAGACAAAGCAUGCGCUGCCUUUUCCGGUGCUGGUGUGGAUCCACGGAGGUUCGUUUCAAGUUGGCGGAUCCGGCAUGUUUCCGAUCAGAACGACUGUCAAAAAUCUGGUAUCACGUGGAAUCGUAGUGGUGUUCGUAAACUAUCGCUUAGGCCCUCUUGGGUUCCUGUCGUCGCUGAGCGCCGAUUUGCCUGGAAACUACGGUCUUGACGACCAAGUGACAGCGCUGAGAUGGAUCAAAGCGAACAUCGCCGAUUUUGGCGAACUGUUCCACCGAAUCAUCGCUCGAAGUGGAUCGGCCUUAGCGCCUUGGGCGAUCCGGUCAGUAAACACGGAUCUGAACUCGUUGCACGUCAUUAAAUUGACCAGUUGUCUUACGGACAAGAGAACGGCGAACCUUAGCUGCUUGCAGCACGCUCCCCUGUCAAAGUUUAAGACCAUAUGGAAGACGAUAGCCAUCGACGAUCUGAACUUGGUGCUCUUGAAGGGCGAACACGAACCCAUGAACAACAACCACCCUUUCAUGGCUCACACUUACUUUACACCUGUGGUCGACAGCUACAGGGGAAGUGAUAGCAUUAUUCCGACGCAUUCCAAGGAGCUGAUGAAACGAAACGCCAGGCUGCCAAUUAUGACCGGAAUAACUACCGGAGAGUGCAUUGCGUAUGUAUCGUGGCUGGCCUACCUCGGUAAAAUGCUUUAUCUUAUUGAAAGCGCGCACCCCUAA